AACAGCACAAGUCUUUAAUAAAUAAUCAUAGUGUUGGAUAACAGAGCAGCAACACAGCAGCCUGUUCGGUGUGCAACAAGACAGGACACUUCAAAUUAACUUUCUGUAUUUACAUUUUCUCCCUUUGCUGUGUAUAUAGUCUUUACUUGUGAGUCAUACUGAGGCAGCCUUAGAUCUGCUGGAGGACACAGGGAGCUGUUUACACAGGAGGUGAGGAUGAUGAGGGAGAUGAAGGUGAUGAGGAGGAGGUGGGAUAGAAGUGAUGAUAAAAUGAUUCAAAGAAACAUUUCUGGAAAGGAAACAGCAGCGACAGUGGUCAACGCAGAGAUGAAAAGCAGACAAAUACAUGAAUUAGACGAGUCCUGAGCUGGUCUGCUGGAUUUGUUCGUCUGUUAAAUGUAUUAUCACUGAUUACACAGAGCUCGGUUUGUUCUCCUCUUUUGUUUUUCUAAUCCUUGCACUCUGCAUUUGCCAGCAGCAGAGACACCCCAUUAUAUUUUGUUACAAGGACCAAAACCUAUUCUUAAUGUGUAGCUUCUGUUAUGACUGAAUGCUGAAUGGAACAAACAAAUACUAUAAAGAGCAGUUUCAAUGAAUAAUAUCCACGCUGACAGCAAAGUGAGCCGUGUAGCUUCUAGUUACAAAGAAGUCUUUGCAGGAUUCUCUCUGACAUUUUUCUAUUGGAAGUGAGGUGUUUGCGCAAAGUGAUGUAGAAGACUGUUUCUUGUCCAGUCUUUUUUUUAAAAACCCCAUCAUGACACAAUUUAAAUACCUGAUAUUCCCAUAGAUAGGCUGACGUCCUUUUUUCUUUCAGACACACAAAACAUGAAGAGAUUUUCCUUGUUUCAUUUGUAAUGUGUAAUACUAAACAGUGGCUUUAGACUACCUAAAGAUACUAUCUAAGAUGAUGUCUUUGAUCAGUUGUGUCUAUAUGUGUAGACAUGCUUGAAUGGUCCAGUAUAAUUGAAUAGGUCAGUGUUAAAUAGUCUAACAAAAAAGCACUUCUCUGAAAACGGUCCAGUCAGGACGGGACUGAAAAAUGUCGGAAAGAAUAGAAGAAAAAUUUUGACAGAUCUUCUGAAGCCUGGAGAACGACUGCUCAGGAUCAGAAUAUAAGAAAAAAAAAAGGUCUGGCUCACUGGAAGCAAAAUGGGAAGAAAUCAGAGGUGACUUAAGACUUAUGCACAGUCUUGUAGUUAUACUUAAUUUAAAUUCCAUUUUGAAAAUGACAUCUUUCAACAAAAUGUGAAAAACCUGUUGUGAGUUUGUGUCCAAAGCAUCUUUGUAUUGUGUUUAAGAGAUUUUAACGGAAGCCUAACUAGAUCUGGGCUGUACUUUCACUACCAGCUUUUAACCACAAGGUGGUGCAAGUGAGGCUGUGUACUCUUUGUUUAACCCAGCAAGUCCUUAAGACCACAGACGUAUUGGCAGCCUGGCAAGUGGCAGAUGCUCUUAAAGAAAUGGUGGUAGUGAAUAGGAAAAGUUAAGUAGCCAUCAAAUAAUAACAUCUUAAUACAACCACUGGUAAAACACUGUUAUAGCUAAUUCAAACAAGUGUCUUAAAGGCUUCAACUUUUCUUUUCAAUAAAAACUUGUUUAAGGGUUAAGUGAAUGAAGCCUCACAAAAACAAUGAUUAACAAUAUUGUUAAUGCAAUUUAACAGCAAGUACAGCUUAAAGCUGCAGAACCAUUUGCAGCACCAACCUGAUGGUGGUACUAAAUGGAACAGUUAUCAGGAUUCCUCCUCUGGGAGAUAUGAAUGUUGGCCAAUCCUUUGGCUGAAUGUUGACAUAUUUUAUUGGUCAGGUGGAGACUUUGGCCAGCUGGUGGCACUAAAUGACCAUUCAGCAGAUGAGUAGGCUUUAUCCUCUUGGCACUGUGGAUGCCUGGAGCUGAUAUCACACUGCAAUCUUACACUGACUGUGCCAUCCCCCAGUGCCCGCCGCUAGUUAACAUAAACACCUGCAUGGCCACAAUUUGUGCACCCAAAAAAAAGGGGGGUCGUGGACCUAGCAGAGCGAGAAGAGGUCCACAGUGCCCACCCACACUCUUUGAUUGACAUACAGUAUUUGGCAAGCACAGCACAGAAACAUGAAAGCACCCACCGCCACCCUCCCAUCCCCACCCCAGAGCUGCAGGCUUACUGCUCCCUCCUUCUCUCCUUCUCUCCCCUCUCUCUGUCUAUUUUUAUCUCUAGCUCCUCCUCUACCCUGGCAGGCUAUUUUCAGCACCGUUCCCCCACCCCAAUCGCCUGUGUUUGUAAAUGCUUCUCUUCUCUUCUCUUCUCUUCUCUUCUCUUCUCUUCUCUUCUCUUCUCUUCUCUUCUCUUCUCGUGUCCUUGCUCCCUCUCCCUUCUAUGAAGUAAAAUGAGCUGUUGUUGACUUUUCUCUGUAUCCAUCUAACUUCCUUUCCACCCAGUGAUCUACUUUCAGCCUCUCUCUCGGUCACCCUCCUCCCUCUGUCUCCUGUCUCUCUGUCGACGUUCAUUCAGUAGCUCAGUGAGCGUUUCUCACACACACACAGUCAUCAGUGACUCUCAGUCAGUGAAUAUUAGCCGUCUGACCAGCAGCUGUUUGUGGUCGCUGUGUGGAGCUCCACUAUCCUCUGUCCUCUGUCCUGUGAUAAGAGGAUAGCGUACCAUCUCCUCUCCUGCUGCCCAUUUUCUCAGUGAGGACUAAAAACUCGCCAUCCCAGCGUUCUUCCAUUUCCUUCUCUCUCUGUCAUUCUCUCAGUGCUUCGUUCUAAUUUUGGAAACAUGGAACCUCGGGGAGCGCUCUCCCAAAGCUAUUUACGUCCUUGCCUCUCCUCCUCCUUGCUCUCCUCCUCUUCCUUCUCUUCCUCCUCCCUCUCGUCAGCCAGGAGGAGAACAGCGUGAGGAUUCUUUGAUGCACACAGAGCUGGGGAAUUCGGCUGCUCCUCUGUCUGUAUUUUUAUUGUGUUGACGAGGCUGCAGGAGCUCCUCUCGUCGGUCGCUCCUCGCUCUCACAGCCUGUGGGUGACUGGAUUUUCCCUCGCAGCUGAAUGGAUGAAACAAACUUUCUUUUCCUUCCAUCUGCUACACAUCCCAACAGCACUGGAGCCAGCACUGUGUUUCUCCGUGGAUCAGGACUCCAGGUGAUGUAGAUACAGUGAAAUAAACCAAAAGACUACACAGACACUUUUCAGGUGGUCUCCUUUGGCUGUUGACAUUUUGAUUGAUCUGCAAAGCCCAGCCGAGGGGAGGCUUUCUGUGGGCUGCAGCCGAGACGACGAUAUUAGAAAGGAGGAGUUUGCUCAAAGUGUCGCCCGCUCGUCAUCACAACUCGAGCCGAGCAGUCAGAGACGGCAGAAGCUCCAGGAGUCCGAUGGAGACUGGAUUACACAAGAAAAGCACAGAGGUGUUCGAUUAUUUUCUUUUCUUGUAAUUCGCGGCCGUUUCCCGCAGAAGUUAGUUUUGAAGUUUUUAGUUUAACUGUAUGGGUCUACGGCAUGCCUGCGUCUCGGAUGAAGAAGUGACUGGUUUAACAAAAUAAAGCGCCGGCUCUCGCCUUGGCAUGCUGUUGCAUCCCACCGUGUCAGGAUUGUGCGCCAUGUUGCAGACCAUCUAUGAGACUGAGUCCUGUUUUUCCUCCAGCAACACAGACAGCCACCAUCAGCCUCUGGAGCUCCUGAGCGGCAACAGGGGCUCCAGCGCUGCCAUGCCCACCGCUGUAGUGGAGGUGAAGAGCAGCCUCCCAUCAGGCAUGCAGAGCCCAGUAGGAACAGCAAGCGAGCAGAGAGGAGGAGGAGGAAGUGGUGGAGAAGGUGGUGGGAGUCCAGGAGAAAGCCCGGGAGGAGGAGGAGGCCCGGUGGACCUGCGAACUGAGCCCAGGGUGGGGUCUCUCUCCGGGGGUGGAGUGGUGGACACAGCCCUGAGAGAGCAGCAGCUCCAGCAGGAACUCAUUCUCCUCAAGCAGCAGCAGGAGCUCCAGAAACAGCUGCUAUUUGCAGAAUUUCAGAAAAAACACGAAGUGCUAACAAGACAACACGAAGUCCAGCUGCAGGAACAUUUAAAGCAACAACAGGAGCUGCUGGCAGCCAAACGACAGCAGGAGCUGGAGCAGAAGAGGAAGCUGGAGCAGCAAAGACACGAAGAGCAGGAGAAACAACGACUGGAGCAGCAACUGCUGCUGCUGAGGAACAAGGAGAAAGGCAAAGAGAGUGCCAUUGCCAGCACAGAGGUGAAGCUGAAGCUGCAGGAGUUCCUUCUCAGUAAGAAGGAACCUGGUUCUGGCGGACUAAACCAUUCCUUCUCCCCAAAGUGCUGGGGAGCCCAGCACACCUCCCUGGAGCAGAGCUCGCCUCCGCAGAGCAACACACCGGGGACUCCUCCUUCCUAUAAACUGCCCCCUCUCCUGGGGAACUAUGAGGGCAAAGACGACUUCCCACUCCGCAAGACGGUCUCUGAGCCUAACCUGAAGGUGCGUUCACGCUUGAAGCAAAAAGUGGCAGAGAGGCGGAGCUCCCCUCUCCUCCGCAGGAAGGACGGAACUGUCAUCAGCACCUUCAAGAAGAGAGCCAUAGAGAUAUCAGUUUCCUCUCUCUGUAACAGUGCUCCGGGGUCAGGUCCCAGCAGUCCCAACAGUUCCAAUACAGCUAUUGCCAACGGCAAUACUGGAUCAGUCCCCAACAUACAGACUGAGCUGAGGUCUCUCCAUCAGACGCUGGGGGCUGAUGGGACAUUGAGUCCUCUGAGUCUCUACACCUCACCCUCCCUGCCGAAUAUCUCGCUGGGCCUCCCUGCCAACACACACAUCACGCCCUCCCAGAAGUUGUCUGCCCAGCAAGAGGCAGAGCGUCAAGCCAUCCAGUCGCUGCGGGGGGGUGGAGCUCUAACAGGAAAGUUUCUCUCCACGUCCUCCCUUCCAGCAGGUGUGGGACAUGAUGUGGAGACUCCGCCCCCCAGCUCUCAUUCAGCCCAUUCCUCGUUACUGCAACACGUACUACUGCUGGAGCAGGCUAGGCAACAGACUGCUAUGCUAGUGCCCAUGUACAGCCAAUCGCCGCUGGUUACGGCAGAGAGAGGUGUGUCGGGUGGCAUGCGGGCUGUCAACAAGCUGCCUCGCCACCGGCCGCUGGCUCGUACGCAGAGCGCACCUUUGCCCCAGUCCCCCCAGGCCCUGCAGCAGCUGGUGGUUCAACAGCAGCACCAUCACUUCCUGGAGAAGCAUUACAAGAUGCUGUCAAAGGGGGCAGAUUUACCUAGGCCACCACCCACUCACCCAGAGGAAACAGAGGAGGAGCUUACAGAGACCAAUGACAUGCAGGAGGAGGAUGAAGGGGUGGGCCUUCACAGGCUUCAGAAGGAGGGGUCUGAUGAUAGCACGCCUUCAUCUGAGCGUCUCGGCGUGCACGUGAAGGGUGAGGAGGAGCGUGGAAGCGUGCAUAUCAAAGGGGAGAGCACCGAGAGUGAGCUGGAAGAAGAGGAAGAGGAUGAAGAUGUCAUUCAGUUGAGGGAGGGCGACGAAGAGGAGAGAGGGAGUUACAGUCAGGCCUUGCAGCAGCUGGGCGUGUUCCAGUCCUCAUUGCCCCACAGACCCCUGGGUAGAGCGCAGUCCUCUCCUGCAGCUGCCGUUAAUCCCAUCAAACACCUCUUCACUACCGGGCUUGUAUAUGACAGUCUGAUGCUGAAACAUCAGUGUGUGUGUGGGAACGCUCACAUCCACCCAGAGCAUGCUGGGAGAGUUCAGAGCAUCUGGUCCAGACUGCAGGAGACGGGCCUGCUGGGCCGCUGUGAGAGGAUUCGUGGGCGUAAAGCGUCUCUGGAUGAGAUCCAGUCUGUCCAUUCAGAGUUCCACACCCUGCUGUAUGGAACCAGUCCGCUCAAUCGGCACAAACUGGACCACAAGAAGCUGCUCGGUCCGAUUAGCCAGAAGAUGUACGCUGUUCUUCCUUGUGGAGGAAUAGGGGUGGACAGUGACACAGUGUGGAAUGAGAUGCACUCAUCGGCUGCAGUGCGCAUGGCGGUGGGCUCAGUCAUCGAGCUGGCCUUCAGAGUGGCUGCAGGGGAGUUAAAGAAUGGCUUCGCAGUUGUUCGUCCUCCAGGGCACCAUGCUGAGGAGUCCACGGCUAUGGGCUUUUGUUUCUUCAAUUCAGUCGCCAUUACUGCCAAGCUGCUGCAGCAGAAACUUGGAGUGGGCAAGAUCCUCAUUGUGGACUGGGACAUUCACCAUGGCAACGGCACUCAGCAGGCCUUCUACAGUGACCCCAACGUCCUCUACAUUUCCCUCCAUCGCUACGAUGAUGGAAACUUCUUUCCUGGCAGCGGAGCUCCGGAGGAGGUGGGAUCAGGUGCAGGUGUUGGUUUUAAUGUGAACAUAGCGUGGACCGGAGGAGUAGAUCCCCCGAUGGGUGAUGUGGAGUACCUCACUGCUUUUAGGACUGUGGUGAUGCCCAUCGCUCAACAGUUCAGUCCAGAUGUGGUCCUGGUGUCAGCAGGCUUCGAUGCGGUGGAGGGUCAUCAGUCUCCUCUGGGAGGCUACAAUGUCUCUGCCAAGUGUUUCGGUCAGCUAACGCAGCUGCUCAUGGGUCUGGCGGGUGGGCGGGUUGUUAUGGCGCUGGAGGGCGGUCAUGACCUCACCGCUAUCUGUGACGCAUCGGAGGCCUGUGUCUCUGCGCUCCUGGGAGACCCGUGUGACUCUAUGUUCCAGUGGCCUCAGGAGAAGCCCUGUCCAAAAGCCUACGCCUCCCUGGAGAGAGUAAUAGAGAUCCAGAGUAAACACUGGUCCUGUCUCCAGAGUUUGUCUCAGACUAGUGGACACUCGCUACUCGACGGCCCCCUGGGGGCUCAAGGCCAGUCAGAAAAGGAUGAGGCGGAAACGGUCAGCGCUAUGGCGUCUCUGAGCGUUGAUGUUGAGCAGCCAGGCUCUGUUCCUGAUAGCACCGAAACCAGCAGGUCCACAGAGGAACCAAUGGAAGAGGAGCCCGUUUUGUAGGAGGAGCUUAAACAAGAAGCACACCAAACUUCCACUUCCACCUCCUUCUAGCACCUCUCUUUCUCUUCCUUUUCCUCUUCCUCCAUGGAGUGUGCAUUGGUAAACACAACACACACACACAGAGUGCAGUCGUGCUGUUGUGGAGGACUCCAACUGGCAAAGGAGAACUUAACGGAGGAGAAACCGUGUCAUGCGAAAACAUGGAUGCACUUCUUUUCUCUACUGUUUCGUCCAUGCAACGGGGCGCAGACGACUUGUUAGCACCUCCGUGGGGCUCAGCAGAGAGGGAGCGCGGACGAGGAUACACAUCAUGUACCCUUGAAUAUUUGACCACCUGUACACAGCACCACUGAAAUGUUCUCUUCCACCCUCCAAUCAUUCUCGUGUCCUUUUUAUUCCAUCCCUGCCUUUGUUUCCACUGAAGGACGAUGACAGUGGAAAAACUUGAAUCUUAAAUGCCGCACACCGAGCGGACGACUGGUCCUCUUGGUGUGCCGAGCGCAGGGUUGCCCGUUGGAGGGGGGGAGAAAAUAACCGGUUUUAAUAUUCGCAGAGGAGGAGGAGGAACUAGGUGCCUUUUUUUCUGUCCACAAAAACUAAAACUAAGUCCAGAAAACACAAACCACCACCGCAGCACCUCAGUACAGCAACCAGCCAAUCAGGACUGAAGAAGCACACUUUUAAACACACACAAACACACACACACACGCUGUUGUUGAUCCAGUUGGUCACUUCAUUUCUGAGUCCUUGUUUCUUCAUCUGGAUGCCUUAGUUUGUCCCAGUCUCACUAUUUAGCAGCCUGUAGAGAGAUGGAGAGAGAGACUCAUGAGCUCAUGUAAAUACAUAUUCUGCUUAUUGACUAUUUUUUAAUAUCUGGCUAUAUUCCAAAAGACUGAGUUUUGCUUUUUUUCACAUUUUUGAGGGAAGGAAACCCUCUAAAGCCAUCCUCACACACUAGAAGUCUCCAGUAAAAAUCUCAGUUGAAUAUUAAUAGUAACAUUAAAAUAAUAUUCAAUCAGACUUUUGUGGAAUCUGGUGGAAGCGUCUCAGGAUCAGAUCAGCUUUAGCAGGAUUCAUGUAACUAAUGAAACUGCAACACCCAUCAGUCCUCUCUCUCCCUCGCUCUCUCUCUUUAUCAUUUGUGUUGGUUGAGUCAUGUGACCUAAACCCUGCACCUUCUUCUUUAAAGGAGGGGACUGUGGGAUUGUACUUUUGAAACACCGCAGUGACCACCACGUCCCACGUUAUCUUUCUCUCUCUCUCUUUUUUUUAAGAAUUGUAAUAUUUCCUGUUUGGUGUAAAUAGAGUCUCCUGUCCUGUUGGCCAUGGUUACAUCACAGCAGGUUUGGUGUGGUCACUUUUCUAUAUCUGUACAUACACAUAUGUAUAAAACCACAAAAGACUUUCUCUUUUUGUAUAAAAAAGCAAAAAUAAUAUUCUAUAUAAAUAUAUAUAUGUAAACAGUGUUUUAUCCAAUCAGAUUGGAUUUCUGAAUAUAUUCUAUUUGAAGAUUUGAAGUUUGAAAAGGUUUGGCUGUUUGACAGGAAGUAAGCACACGGUCUGAUGCGAUCAGACCACGACCUGUUUGUUUGUUUGUUUACAGAUGCUCAGGAUGGCUGAAUAUUGUUGUGUUGGAGGGGGGAUGAUCAGUGAGCUCUAGUUCUUUUAGCAGGACCAGCGCUGCCCUCCUCAGGCAAACAGCAGCAACUACAGAAAGGUGAUAUUAAGGUCAAAAGUCAUGGCUGAGUAAAAUAGGUUGGUCCAGUGAUGAUGUGUUUUUGUAGUCCAAAUGGAGCUAGCUCCUCCACAGCUUUUGGUAUUCAUUCUACAUAUCACACAAUGGUACCAAAUCACGAGCCCUGUAAUUCCGAUACAUUAGGUUUGUAUCGGCUCUGUUCCAGGAAGCAGUGAAACGAUGGUGGUCACUUAAUGGAUCGUGAAAUGAGGUACAGCAGGAGUGUUGAAAACAGCCUCGCUGGAUGACAGUCAGACCUCUUAAAUGUCGUUAAACUCACUACCAUCCAUUUUCUAGAGGUCACAGCAACAGACUAAGCAGACAUGCCAAGACGGUCUUCCUCAGCCACGCCCUCCAUCUCUUCUGGUGUGAUAAAUGGAUGUUCCCAUUCCAGCAUGCCCUGGUUCUGCCCCACAUUUAGUUGAACAUGCCCAAAACACCUCACCCAGAAAGCAUAAUCACCACCUUACCACAGUGGAGGGCUUUGGCUGAGUGAUGGGUUCAGAAGUCAUUGUUGCCCCUUGUAGGGUCUGUCAAGGUGAGGACCAGGGGAUCAGCCAGAGGCUAGACCACGAGGCUGGACUGGGAUAUUGGUGUUUGAUCCCCAGCUGUCCACAGUAAACUUGAAUAAACUCACUACAAACUGAUUAAAAUCAAGGUGAAGUAAGACAAAGUGAGCAGCAGUAAGUACUGAGAGUGAGGAAAAACUGCUUCCUCAGCUAUAAUUGGACGUGGUUUGCACCAACUUUAAUGGAGAAGACCUUUUUUUGUUGAGGACAGAUCAGGAAGCUGCAGGCCUGCAGACCCGGGGUUAGCAGUAAAAGUCCAGGUUGACACUUGGAUUGUCUGAAUUGCUGUUAAAAAGUAAAACUGCAAGAUUCUCAGUUUGUGCAUGUUCAAAUUGGCCUGUUAGCACUAGUUGUCCAAUGGUGGACAGACACAGGUCUAAAUGUGUCUAUUUCUAAUAGGAGCAAAUAUAAUCCUGCAUAUAUAAUCCUAAACAAAUAUGAGGAAUUUAAAGAUAUAAUCCAGGCUGAAAGCUACACAGCUGCUGUAGCCAAAGAUGGCAGAAAAAUGUGCAACUCAGCAGACUUAUCAAUAUCACUGUUACAUCAAUAGAUCACAGGGAGAUCUGCCUAGAAUUAGAAUUUCCUAAUAGAUUCAUUUUCUGUUUUCUCAUAUUGUUUAGUUGUAUUCUCGUGUCGAGAUGAUUUCUCAUUUCAAGCUUGUUCUUUUUGAAAUUAAGACUUAAGAGCAUUGCUCAGAUUUUUUAACAGUCUAGGUUGAGUCAAAAAAAAGUACAUGCUUUGUUUAUUCUAAGGUUUUAAGUAUCGGGCAUAAUACAAAAUGACUGAGUCAUUACCAGGUCUUUAAAUGAGGUCAUUACAAAGUCAGAUAAAUAAAAGCUGGGAUAAUUCAGUAGUUUGUAGAAGCACAAGCAGCAGUAACUGCUGUAGGAUUAUCAUUACCUUACACUGUUGGAGGAACAGCACUUCUUUACAACAUUGCUUAGUUCAUACCCGAGGUGCUCUGCCUGGGGUAGGGUUUAUUUCAGUUUCUCUGACCUUGGGGUGAUUCUGAGGUUGCACUUUAUCUGAUUAUGUACUGAUAUGUGAAACAGUAGAAUUUAAAUAGGGCAUACUUUUUUUUAUUACCGCGACUAUAUAUCAUGGUGACUUAGAUCCAAUGAACAGAGUGGAUAAGAAGGCUGUUAAAACUUUUAAGACAAAUUUCGCUUCCAUUCUGUGACAACAAUGACAGUGACUGAGAAUGCAUCGUGUGCUGUUCCUGGAUCAGUGUCGACAAUCCACUAUUUUCAGUACAGUAAUGAAGGAGCGAGUGCUUUGUUACAUGGUAUAAUCCUCAGAACUCAUCAUUAAAAAAGUGCAGUCAGAUUGCACCACUCAUGAAAUCUUUAAAGUGAAUGUUUGAAAUUGUGGAAGUUUGUUCAGUCUCAAAAACUCAACCUACCCAACUUCAGGCUCAAGCCUGCUGACUGCUGUUUGGCCACCACUUUCACAUUCUGACCAAUCACAUGUUGCUCAGCAGACACAGAAGCUUCAGAGCUGGACCGGCCUAUUAUGAAAACCUAUUGAAACUCAACUCAGAAACACUAUACCGGGACGUCAGGGGACUAACUCUGAUCGACGUAAUCGUCAGCCUCACUAAACUUCAUUUCCCAGGACCCUUUGCGGUGUUGUAGCCGACGCUGCUACCUCUGGGUCUCGUCCGUUUAAAGCAAUACCACAGUGGCGGGAGCAGAGAGCGAGAAGGCCAUAGCAACAGAUGAUCUGAGGAACUCUCUGUACCUUUUUACACAGUGUGGUUGAGUGCUCUUUGUGUAUAUUAUCUGUCAGGUGGAAUGGAGAGGCAGUAUUGAUUGAUUGAUUUAUUGACCUGUGUUUCCAGGUGGUUUAGUGUAGUCUUUUUGUACUAUUGUAAACACUAAGGGCAUUUUGUCCAUUUAACGCGCAGUCAGUAAUAGCAGCGCCUUGCGUCGGGUUCGUGGGGGCCGUAGAGUGAGCGAGAGCUGGAUUAAUGACCCGACACCGCAGUGCUGCACGGGGUCAGCUUCUGAGCUCGACUGGAGUUCAUGCAAGCACAAAGGGAGCAAAUAGAGAACUUUGGAGGCAAGCAGCAACUACCACAGGUGUUGGUUCAGAUGAAAAAUACCUUAAUAUUUAUAAAAAUGAGCAACAACAAGUAAAAGAUUCACUUUGUUAAAGGAUUUUCCAUUCCCUCAAUAACUAGACUAGCAUCUUGUGGGCAUCAUGGUCACUGUGGCCUAAACCAGCGGUCCCCAACCUUUUUUGCGCCACGGACCGGUUUAUGUCCGACAAUAUUUUCAUGGACUGGCCUUUAAGAUGGUGCGGAUAAAUACAACAAAAUAAAACCAGUACCGGUACCCCCCCCCAAAAAAGAUGAAUUCAUAACACACGGAAAAAGACCCAGGGAAACCGAGUUAACAAUAAAAACGAUAAAAAAAACAACGCUAAAAAACCUGAAAGCCAUGAAUUUCACACCUGAGCCUCAACUCUCGCAGCCCGGCACCAAACUAUUCAUGGACCAGUACUGGUCCGUGGCCCGGGGGUUGGGGACCGCUGGCCUAAACUAUUAAACCACUGAAGAAGAAAAGACUGAAUGAGUUGAUGUAGUUAAACAGUAAGACCUUGUUUUUCAUUUUAGAAAAGAUGAUAUAGAAAUGUAGUUUUGCUUUAUGUAAUAAUUAGAAAAAAAGGUUCAGUAACAGCAAUUAGCAACUAAUCUAAUUUCUAAGUUUUCCUUUUGAGACACAAACAAGUGAAACCAAUAAAAUGGAAACAACCAAUAAAUCAGAUAUUGGUUUUCUAAGUCCUUUGAUUUGGAGAUGCACACAAUUUUUCCAGUUUUCCUUGUUCUUGCAUUCACAAAGGGAAAAAAUAGUUCCUGUAAAUCAAGUUUGGAUAACAAUUCAGGUAUUUUCAAGAAUGUUAACAUUAAAAAAAAGCCUUCACUUGACCCAACAAAUCAACGUGUAAACCCAUAAGAGCUCGUGAUUGUGAGAUACAGUUUGAUAAAGCUACCUUAUCUCGCUAGGUCAGACUUCUUUUGUGGUUUUUAUUAGUUCCACAAUAAAAAUCAAAGAUUUAAAAGAAUCAGAAAAAAAAUAACAGGAAAAUCCUCCCAAGAUGUUGUUCAGAUGGGUUUCUUGCAAACUCAGUUGGAUCUAGAAACAGAAUUGCCAAGCGAGCAAAACUUGACACCAGCAAAGUUUUCCAAAGUUUCCCCGUUAUUAUAUGACAACAAACUUUUAUCCCUUUCUUCACACAUGGUUCUGAACAGUUCUAAACUUUAUGUUCGUCUUUAAAAAUACCCAACUUUCAUAUUAGCAUUGCUGUCCAAGAUGCGAGCAUCAGUGAGCUCCUCUGUGUCGUCGUAGUCGACAGACGCGAUGAACAAACUUGGUCUAAUUUGAAAAAACUGAAUGAACCAUUUGUGGUUGCGUUGAUUCAGCACGUCACCAAGAGACAGCCAAACUCUUCAGCUGCAGUGGUUGCUGCUUGGUGUCAAGGACACUCAUGAGCACAGAUUGAGGUGGGAAACAUUGGGAUCUUGCCUCAGCACAGGGCUGAUUGCGCUAGCUGGAAGAGCCCAAAGAGAAGAGGGAAGGGAAUGGAGAACUCUUUCAGAACACCGUGCUGAUGCAGAGAGAUGGUCUGCGUUGUCAGGGCACCUCCCCAGCCUGGAGGCCACAUAGCUUUACUGCUGCUGCCACCCACACAACACUGAGGUGAAACGCACACAGUCACACACACUCGGACUAUUUUGCUACGAGUUGAUACUGUGUAUUUCUUGAUAUGUUUGAUACUGUGGUGUAAAUGUAGUGUCCUGCUAUCAUGCGGUGUUCAGGGGCGGGGGGUGGGAGAGAGGUAUAUUUGGGCUGUCGGGUGGGACGGAGGCAGAGGAGGUUCGCCUUCUCCCUCUCUCCCUCGUUUACCUCCUGUUUCUUGAGGGGAGACGUUCUCUCUGUUACCUUUCACUCGUUUCAGCUCGCGCCUGAAACGUUUUUUUUUUUUUGGGAAACGCCAUUUUUGUUGAAACUGAUCACGAGCACAUUCCUGACUCUUCUCUGUCUGUGCUGUUGUUUUCUCCAGAUUCUUGCCUGUUGCGACGAUAUAACAUGUGUCUAGUUCUUGCUGACUCACAUGUAUAUAAAGUGCAUAUAUGUGUACACAUGUGCAAUACACGCUAUUCGAGCAAUCUAUUACUGUGACUAUUAUUGAUGAUGAUACUUGUCCCUUUUUUGAAGUUUCAGCCUGUUUUUUGGUUCUUUGUUUGUUUGUUUUGUUUAUUUUUUGUCCCCCUCCUCGUCCUGAUUUGCUGUUGAUGGAUUGUGUUGCAGGAGCCUAAAAAGGGAAGGUGACUAUUGUGAAUCUUCACGCUCAGUUUCAUUUCAGGGGUUUGUGGACAUUUUAACGAAGCCCUUUUUUUUUAUUACUCUCGCCGUAAUGUUGUGAUGUUGACCCUGAUUACCUGUUUCUCUGUUUUUUUUUGUUGUUUUUUUUAAGUGGGCCUGUUGUUAAAUUUGUCUGGAAACUCAAUAAAGCAAUUCACUGAC